ACCCAGGCGCGCCGGCAGGAGAGCGGCACCGUGGCUGGGGCAGCGGGCAGAGGCUGCGGAGGGGCUUACGGCUCCCGGCCCGCGGGUCUCAGACCCAGGGGCUGGGCCCCGAGCCCCCCGCCCCGGUCCCAACUGGGUCGCGCCAUGCUGCGCUACCUGCUCAAAACACUGCUGCAGAUGAACUUGUUCGCGGACUCCCUGGCGGGGGACAUCUCCAACUCCAGCGACCUGCUCUUCGGCUUCAACUCCUCGGAGGCGGCGCUCAACCACAGCCUGCUGCCCCCCGGCGAUCCUUCUUUCAACGCAUCCAGGGUGGAGCCGGAGGACGCGAUGCCGCGCAUCGUGGAGCAGCCGCCAGAUCUGCUGGUCUCCCGAGGCGAGCCGGCCACGCUGCCCUGCCGCGCCGAGGGCCGGCCGCGGCCUAACAUCGAGUGGUACAAGAAUGGGGCGCGAGUGGCCACUGCGCGCGAGGAUCCGCGCGCGCACCGCCUGCUGCUGCCCAGCGGCGCCCUCUUCUUCCCGCGCAUCGUGCACGGGCGCCGCGCGCGUCCCGACGAGGGUGUCUACACUUGCGUGGCGCGCAACUACCUGGGGGCAGCGGCUAGUAGAAAUGCGUCGCUGGAAGUGGCAGUCCUCCGUGAUGAUUUUCGGCAGUCCCCUGGAAACGUGGUGGUGGCAGUGGGGGAGCCAGCGGUAAUGGAAUGCGUGCCCCCCCGUGGCCACCCAGAGCCUUCCGUGUCCUGGAAGAAGGACAGUGCAAAACUCAAGGAGGAGGAGGGAAGGAUUACGAUUCGUGGAGGGAAGCUGAUGAUGUCACAUACACUCAAGAGUGAUGCAGGGAUGUAUGUGUGUGUGGCCUCCAACAUGGCAGGAGAACGGGAGAGUGGGGCAGCUGAACUUGUGGUACUGGAGCGACCCUCAUUCCUGCGUAGACCAGUGAAUCAGGUGGUCCUGGCAGAUGCCCCUGUGGAUUUCGCAUGUGAGGUGCAAGGGGAUCCCCCACCCCGUCUACGCUGGCGCAAGGAGGAUGGGGAACUGCCCACAGGCAGGUAUGAGAUCCGGAGUGACCACAGCCUUUGGAUUGGGCGUGUGAGUGCCGACGACGAGGGGACCUACACCUGUGUGGCUGAGAACAGCGUGGGCCGCGCUGAAGCUUCUGGCUCCCUCAGUGUUCACGUCCCACCCCAGCUGGUGACCCAGCCCCAGGACCAGAUGGCAGCUCCUGGAGAGAGUGUGGCUUUCCAAUGUGAGACCAAAGGAAACCCCCCACCUGCCAUCUUCUGGCAAAAGGAGGGAAGUCAAGUUCUGCUUUUCCCCAGUCAGCCAUUUCAGCCCAAGGGGCGCUUCUCAGUCUCUCCCAGAGGCCAGCUCAACAUAACUGAUGUGCAGAGCGGGGAUGCUGGUUACUACGUGUGUCAGGCUGUUAGUGUGGCCGGCAGCAUCCUGGCCAAGGCCCUGUUGGAGGUAAAAAGAGCCUCCUCCUUGGAUGGGCUGCCUCCCAUCAUCCUCCAGGGACCAGCCAAUCAGACGCUGGCACUUGGCUCCUCUGUAUGGCUGCCAUGCAGAGUGACUGGGAACCCUCAACCUAGCGUCCAAUGGAAGAAGGAUGGGCAGUGGCUGCAGGGGGAUGACCUCCAGCUCAGCCUCAUGGCCAACGGUACCCUGUACAUCGCCAGUGUGCAGGAGAUGGACAUGGGUUUCUACAGCUGUGUGGCCAAGAGUUCCACAGGGGAGGCCACAUGGAGUAGCUGGCUUAGGACGCGGGAAGAUUGGGGAGGAUCACCAGAGCCGCCUACAGAACCCAGUAGCCCUCCAGGGCCUCCCUCUCAGCCAGUGGUCACUGAGAUCACCAAGAACAGCAUUACUCUGACCUGGAAACCCAACCCGCAGGCGGGGGCCACAGUCACCUCUUAUGUGAUAGAGGCCUUCAGUCAAACAGUUGGUAACACCUGGCGGACAGUGGCAGAUGGCGUGCGGCUGGAGACACACAUGGUCAGUGGUCUGCAGCCCGGCACCACCUAUCUGUUCCUGGUGCGCGCUGUGGGAGCCUGGGGACUCAGUGAGCCCAGCCCCGUCUCUGAGCCUGUGCGCACCCAGGACAGCAACCCAUCCAGGCCAGUGGAGGACCCCUGGAGAGGCCAGCGGGGGCUGGCUGAAGUGGCUGUGCGCAUGCAGGAGCCCAUAGUCCUUGGGCCCCGGAGCUUGCAGGUGUCCUGGACUGUAGAUGGCCCAGUCCAGCUGGUGCAAGGUUUCCGGGUGUCUUGGAGGGUAGCAGGUCCUGAUGGGGGAAGCUGGACAGUACUGGACCUACAGUCCCCAAGCCAGCAAAGUACUGUGCUAAGAGGACUCCCGCCAGGGACCCAAAUUCAGAUCAAGGUGCAAGCCCAAGGCCAGGAGGGGCUGGGGGCUGAAAGUCCCUUCGUGACCAGGAGCAUUCCUGAGGAAGCCCCCAGUGGUCCCCCCCAGGGAGUGACAGUGGCCUUGGGGGGUGAAGGCAACAACAGUGUCACGGUGUCCUGGGAACCUCCGCUCCCUUCCCAGCAAAAUGGGGUCAUCAAGGAAUACCAGAUCUGGUGCCUGGGCAAUGAGAGCCGCUUCCACCUCAACCGGUCCGCGGCAGGCUGGGCACGCUCCGCGGUGCUCCGGGGACUGCUGCCCGGUCUUCUCUACCGGACCCAGGUCGCGGCGGCCACCAGCGCUGGAGUGGGCGUGGCCAGUGUCCCGGUGUCGGUGCAGCUGCGUGAGUCCGGAGGCGGGGUGGGCGGGCGGGGCUGGGGAAUUGGAGGGGGUGGGUCCUGGAGUGGGGGUGCCUACGGGGUCAGGGAUGGCCCCUCUUCCUCGCUGCCGGGUUUCCAGGCCCCUGGUCCCCUCACCUCUCUGACCCCCACAGCUUCCCCGCCGCCAUCGGAGCCUGGGCUCGAGGUGGGCCCGGGGCUGGCGGAGCGGCUGGCGAGGGUGCUGCGGGAGCCGGCCUUCCUCGCGGGCAGUGGCGCCGCCUGCGGGGCGCUGCUGCUCGGGCUCUGCGCCGUCCUCUACCGGCGCCGGAGGCAGCGCAAGGAGCUCAGCCACUACACGGCCUCCUUUGCCUACACACCUGCAGUGUCCUUCCCACACUCAGAGGGCCUCUCUGGAGCCAGUUCCAGGCCACCCAUGGGCCUUGGCCCCGCCCCCUACCCUUGGCUAGCAGACUCGUGGCCCCACCCAUCUCGAAGCCCCUCAGCCCAGGAGCCCAGGGGGAGCUGCUGCCCCAGCAAUCCUGACCCAGACGACAGAUAUUACAAUGAAGCAGGGAUCUCCCUGUACCUGGCUCAGACCGCCCGGGGCACUGCCGCCCCUACCGAGGGUCCUGUCUACAGCACCAUUGACCCAGCUGGGGAGGAGCUGCAGACCUUCCAUGGGGGUUUCCCCCCAAAUCCCUCAGGGGAUCCAGGCACCUGGAGCCAGUAUGCUCCUCCAGAAUGGAGCCAGGGGGACAGUGGAGCCAGGGGAGGCAAAGUAAAGCUUCUGGGAAAACCUGUUCAGAUGCCCUCUCUCAACUGGCCAGAAGCCCUGCCCCCACCUCCCCCUUCCUGUGAACUGAGCUGCCUAGAGGGGCCGGAGGAGGACCUGGAGGGCGGCUCCGAGCCAGAAGAGUGGUGCCCACCAAUGCCUGAGAGGAGCCAUCUGGCUGAGCCCAGCUCCAGGGGAGGCUGCUUGGUCCCUCCAUCCCAAGGGGAAGCCCCCUCUCCCACAUCUUCCUAUGGACAGCAGUCCACAGCCACUCUUACCCCCUCACCUCCUGACCCUCCCCAGCCCCCCACUGACAUUCCCCAUCUCCACCAGAUGCCCAGGAGGGUGCCCCUUGGGCCAAGUUCCCCUCUCAGUGUGUCCCAGCCCACUCUGAGUAGCCACGAAGGGAGGCCUGCUGGCCCGGGUGCUGGCCCCAGCCCUGUCCCCAGUGCUGCCGGCAGUGCCCCCGGGAGAACCUGGCAGGUGCCUGGGGAGAUGGCUCCUCCACUUCAAGGGCCCCGCGCCCGAAUCCGGAAACCCAAGGCUGUUCCCUACCGUCGGGAGCACAGUCCUGGCGACUUGCCCCCACCACCCUUGCCGCCACCAGAGGAAGAGACGAGCUGGGCCUUAGGGCUGAGAGCAGUAGGCAGCAUGUCCUCCUUGGAACGGGAGCGGGAACGCGGUGGGGAGAGGAGAAUGGUGCAGGCUGGGCCCCUGGGGGCCCAGCGGGGUCCCCACCUGGAUGAGGAGACCUUGCCCCCCUACAGCCGACCAAGCUUCCUAUCCCGGAGCCAGGCCGCCAGCACCUGCUCCACAGCGGGCAGCAACUCUUCCAGAGGCUCCAGCAGCUCUCGAGGCUCCCGGGGCCCUGCAAGGAGCCGGAGCCGGAGCCGGAGCCAGAGCCAAAGGCCAGGACAGAAACGUGGAGAGGUGGGGGCUAGGGCAUGCAAACAAGGGGAGUAGAAAGCUAGGAGGGCUGAGCCAAGGAGCGCUGAAAACAGGAGGGAGAGAAAGGCUUUCUGAGCUCUGAGCAAAAGGAGGGGACCCAGGGAGUGAGGGGGGAGGGAGGAAUCCUGGAGAACAGGUGACAAAGGGUGAAGACAAGGUCAUACAUAGAGGAGCCUGGGCUCCCCAGAGGAGAGUGGGUUCAGGAGAAGGGCUGAGGAAGAGAAGAGGCAUGGCGCCUCCUAUGGCCUGCUUGCCCCGGCCUGGGACCUUGCAAACCAGCCUCUUUCUCUCUCUAGGAACCAAGAUGACCCUUGAGGAGGAUAUCAGGAAUUCCAUGGGGAAGGGCUUGUCCCGGGGCUGGGAGCUCUGGAUGGGAACCCCUCCUCCUGGUUAAUGGGGGUGAGCAGAGAGGAGCAGGGGAGGGGGCUGGUCUCGUCCCUCCUGGCAGUGACGCUCAGAAGCCAGAGAGCGAGCUCUUCCCUUUCUAUCUCUUUCCACCUGAACCUCAUUUGUAAAAGAGACAAUAAAAAGAGUCUGAUGGGUGCCUGGGUGGCUCAGUCGUUAAGCGUCUGCCUUCGGCUCAGGUCAUGAUCCCAGGGUCCUGGGAUUCAGCCCCACAUCGGGCUCCCUGCUUGGCAGGAAGCCUGCUUCUCCCUCUCCCACUCCCCCUGCUUGUGUUCCCUCUCUCACUGUGUCUCUCUCUGUCAAAUAAAUAAAUAAAAUUAAAAAAAAAAAAGUUUAAAAAGAGUC